CUUAACCGGAGUUGAGAAUAUAUUAGCGACAUCGUAUUCAUGAUUAUUGGGGAAGAACUAUUAUUAAAUAACUAUUAAAGCAUUUAGGUGAAUCCCGAUUGCCUUAGUAAUUCUCAUUUUUGUUUAAAUCAACCUCAAAGAACAAAGUUCCUGAAAAACUAUACCAUUUAUAUUCUUUUGCCUUCAAUACUCGACUUUAUAAUAUCAACCAUUUUCUUGUGGAUCGACCCGGUAUUUACCGGUAUUUUAUUACUAUAUCGGCACUUGUAUACUUGCAAGUUUAGCCCGAUCAUUAAUCCUAGCAGUUAAAUGGAAGAAUCCAACUAAAUCAUAUAAAUUGAAUUCGGAUGCGAGUUACUCACCUCUUUCGGCAAGUGGUGGUGCAAUUUUUCGAAACAAAGAUGGUCAGAUGAUCUUGGCAACCGCCUUUCCAGUUGAAGCGUCGUCUCCACUUGAAGCUGAGCUUCUCUCUGUAAUCCGGUCUACAACGUGGGUGAUUAAUGAUUAGCCACGACUUUUCUGAUCUCCAGGUUGAAGUGGGUCCGGCUAUGGUGGUGAAAUACAUUAGCGACGGAGGCGCAGAUCGAUGGGGUACUGAAAUUAGGAAAUUGUUGGAUCUGUCUGAAAGAAAUGGGGUUUCCUAUUCGAGCACUUGGAGAGAAGCCAACCGGGUUGCCCAUUGUCUUGCGGAUCAAACAUUGCCCCAUGAAGUUUCGUAUGCCCAGGUCCAGGAUUUUCCAGCCCAUGCAAGGAACUCAUACUUCAUGGAUCUUUUUGGACUCCCUUCACUCAGAUUUUUUCAUUAAUUUCCGGUGCGGACUUAGUCCGUCUUUUGUUGCUUUAUUUUGUUUUAUUUCGGGAAGGUAUGCCUUUCCCGAGAGGCUUUGGUCUAGCUCUCCUCUCAUUCUUGUACUGGAUUUUUAUUUCUAUAAUAAUCUGGUAAAUGUUCCCCAACAUUUACCCCACUGAUAUUUGUGGUUUACUCACCGG